GUUCUUGGAACUGUUGGAGGUCAGCUAGACGCUUUGACAGAACCUUCGUGGACCUCGACUUUGAAGCUGCUAUCUUUGCACUGUAACGCAAGCAAGAUGUUCUUCGAUCUCAAUGUGAAUGCAAAUGGUCGUGCUUCUAGUAUGUUGACUAGUAUGAGGAGAACUCCUGGCUCCGGCGCAGGCGGUCUCUCCGCAGCCUCUGCUAACACUCCUGCAAGAACACUUCUAUCUUCAACCGGGCAUCUUAAAGAUCAUGUUUCUCAAGGGCACAUGGAUCAUUUUGAAACCGAGUUGUCGCGAUUCUCGCACCUCUCAGCUAAAGUGAACUUGCAACACGAGUCUUUUGCAACCUUCACGGAGCUGUUGUUAGCAGUAGCAGAGCUGGCAACGGCCUUCGCAAACCGUGGAGACCAGGAAUUGCCCAACGACCUCGUCAGCCCCUUAUUGCCGAGACUGAUUCCCUUUUUGAGCUUGCUGUUGCAUGAGCGAACAACGUCGAGCAGCACGACUUUAUCAUCGCAGAGUCAAGAAGGAGCACAACUGGAGGCACAAGAAUAUCAGCAACUUCUGCAGCAGAACUACUAUGCGAAGAACUCUAAGAACACCUGCUUAGACCCAGCUUUGCUGCCGACACUGUCGAUGGCAUCGAUGCUUGUGAGCAGACUCCUCCACUUCCCAAUGUACAGCUCUCCCUCGUACCAGUUCCCACCUAUCCUAAAAUACUUCCACCUGCGGAAUAACGCUGUCGUACGGCUGCCAGACGCGAUGCUAGCCGUCUUGGGUGUCACCGCUUCCGCGACGCCUCAGGGAACCCAGUUCUUGAAACAAUUAGCCUCAUUUUUGGGGCAGUGCAGUGCGCAGUUGACAUCGUCUACUUCCAGCAGUGCGAGGCCUAGUACUUCUGGGAGAGGUCGAGGCCUAGAUCGGCAAACCUCGAUGAAGAUGAUCUUCGGUAGCGACAAGGGAGUGCUUCUAGACAGCAUUACCGCGGUUUUGAGUCUCAUUUUCCAACUGUUGCCUGGGAUUUCACCCGACAACAAUCCCGAAGAAGUUCCUGAAUCUGCGGAAAUCGAAGCCAUUGCCCUCAGCUUGCUUCAUAGCGUGACUUCUUUGUUGCAAUAUCAUCAGGAAUUUGGCGUAGUGAUGGUGCAGACGAAUGAUGCUGGUGUUUCUGGCAGGAUUAACGAGGUGCUGGAUCAUGUCGAGCAAAACGGAGGAAGAGGCGCUAAACGACAAAAGACUACCGCAAGGACGACUGUAGGAGGUCUUCCUACUUCAUCUUUCUCCUUCUCCACAAGUUCAUCCGAAGACUCCUCCUCCUAUCGAAAUUGGUUCACCUCGGCAGAUACGAACGCUGGUUACGCAUGUAGUCUCCUCGCACUUGCGGAGCGCCUCGUUCACAUACUGCAGCCUCUAGAACGCUACUUGGAGGAUUUUUCUGCUUUUCUUUCCGUUUUAGCGUCUCCGGCACCCAAUGGAAUGUUCCUCAACACCGCAUUUUUGACGAGUAAUUUAAGGGUAGGUUAAAGGUGCUUUUCUUAACGCUUUUUAUGCCUCUCCUAAGGGAGAAAGGCAUAAAAAGCGGGGUAAGCGAGCACCAAAAACCUACCUCUAAGUAAUGUCACAGAAGAGGUCUUCGAAACGUUGAACAAUGUAGACCCAAAGCUGCAGUUCCCACUGGCUCGUCGAUUCGAUGCCUGCCUGAGUUUCUUCUCGUCUUUAGCGGCGAGUGACGCUGCGGGAGCAACCUUGUUGGUGGAACAUGGAGUUUUGGACUCUUUAACGUCGCACAUAUUGCUCCAAACGUUCUAUGGGAACGGACGAGUUGAGCAGUCUCCGUAUAUGCUGUAUACGGACCAACUAGUGCGAAGACCGCUGCACGCAACGUGGUGCCACACACUAGCGUUGGUCACGCAAGUCGCUGCAGUCGGAGCACCGUAAAUUUCAGAUUUUGUUUUGAUGUUCUCUGAACUAGAGGCACUUCAUCAAUAAUUACUUUGCUACGGGUACAAUGGAUUCAUUAGGUGCAGUAUUACGAGUACUAGCACUAGUUGCAAUCGCAACAUCAUCCCUUCAUGCAAUACAUCAUGGCUCAAUCAUGAUUUACAUUGCCAAUACUUACGUUAUUGAGGACCAAAAAACAUAAUUAAUCCAUCUCCACAGUCUCGACUGCACUACGAGUUUUAUGAAUGCGUAUGAGGAUCGAUUUGUCUAUGUGCUGGAGGAGAGGGAAAUGAUUUCGGAGCUGGCGAUAGUCGAAGAAUUUUCUCUCAUCUCCCGGUUACUCGGAAACAUCCCAGUCCACGACACGAAAACCAUCUACUUCACCGCAAUGGCUCUUCGUGCGCAGAAUUUCCUCGCGAGCGUUGUGCUGCUGGAUCGUACUCUUGCUUACUAAUCCAUCUAAAUUUUGGAUGAGUACAUAAAAAAUUCUUCAGGGGUUGUAACGGCAAGUCGAUUUAGACAAGGAGCUAUCGUUUUCCUCGAAAAAAACAUUUAUGCGUCUGCUCUAUGAUGAUCCAAAAUGUCCGUAAAAAAUUCCAAAACAGCAAAAGUUUCGUAUUCAUCGAUGUCAUCGGACGUGGUGCGGCCGCUGUCAGUAGCGGAAAAAGCUGCCGCUGGAAUGGACGAUGCUCUGUAUCUGCAUUCCUCCGCAUCGAUUCCGUCGAUCUACCACCAGAGGAUACAGUAUUGAUUGCAUUGAGAUUUGUCUGAGAAGGAAUGAUGGCGAUAAAUGACAUCAGUGGGUCUGUAAGCGCAAGUACAACAAAAACAUUGUGCAAGAGUCGAUUAGUGUCGCGUGCAAGCAACCACAAGGACAAUUUUGGUUAUAACUUGUCAAGAGAAAAAUUCUGAACCACAACUGGCCCGAGGACAUGAUCAAAGGACAACUAGGACAACUUAAACCUCCCUAAUUUUUUUAUAACUUAACAAGAUCAAGAGAAAAAACUUCAUUAAUUUUGAUGUCUUUAGGUAUCUCGUGUUCGAUGCGUGUCGUAGUUUGCUGAUGGCCCUCUUGAGGGUGAUCACACAGUCGCCGUCGCUGCUCACCCAGCAGACUUUUGAGGUUGACACUAUCAAAGGACGAGGAGUUGCGCAUGGGAUUUUUGAUGGCGUCUCAGCUACGAACAUGACGACCUCAAGAACUUUCGCGCAGGAACAGGGAAUGUCCUCUCUAGGACAUCGUGGUAUGGAAUCUUCCGCACUACCGUAUCAAGAUCAUUUCGUAGAAGAUCCAGCAGGCAUGGGCAUGGGCACCAAUACAACAGGAGGAGCUUCGACAAGGUUGUUCGCCGAACCAGGGUUGUUGCAAGGCAUGCAUCAGAGAGGAAGCGUUGAUCGUAUCUUGUAUUUUGGUGGGGCACCUGGGACGCAGCCUUACGUCGCAGAUCGUGCCAAAUUCACUAAACGUGUCCACUGGAGCGUCAUUUUCGAGUACCUAGUGGAGGCCAGUCGGAGAUGCGCCACGUUUUUGACCACGGACCUGCUAGCAGGUGCUGGAAAGUUGGGCAAUGAAUUCGAUGCGUCGAGGAUGAACGGCGGCGUUUUUUCUGGAACAAGGGGAAGUGUGGUAAGCGCACGAGGUCCUGCCACGACCCGUACUAGAGAUAUUAAUAACCUUCAAGAAGGAACCUUGGCUACAUUCACCAGUAAAGACUCGUCCAGUUUUGAGUACAACGGAGAACAAGGUCUAUUGUUGUUUGCUAAGCGGAACCCGGACGCACGACCUGAUGUUGUAGGCGCGCAAUGCGAGGCUCCAGAACACACUCCAGAGCCGUCCGAUGCCUUUCUCCAUUCCCUUUUUGGUGAUGACGAAAUGAAUUUGGGAUACUCUUUAGAUCAUUUAGAUGCGGAGGGUGCUGGAGAGAACCCUAACCCUAAUGGUACUAUGGGGGGAGAGGAACAUGCGAAUGGCGGUACCGCGUUUCAUCUCCCCACGAGUCAAGUUCGGGAACAACAGGGAGGUUUACUGGAUCCACUGGCAUCUAAAAAUGGUCUUGCGAAGGGUCCUAAACGAAUGCAGGCGAGAAAGAAGAACUUCUUGAACAAUUUGAGUGCGGCGCAACGGCGACUGCUAGCAGCCACGCAGAAGACGAAGGGACAGAAUCAAAACACGUUGACAGCAACGAAUUUGCAAGUGAAAAACCAGGAAGACGCGAGAAGAGAGGCUGACCUCUGUAUCCCGUUAGCACUGCACCUGAUUGAAAACCCAUUUCACGACAAGGGGUCGGAAGCACCGGCAAUUAUGUGUGCAGCAGCACUUGGUAUUUUCUAAAUUUCCAUUAUGAUAAAUGCAUUUAGAGGUACAGAUACACGACGUACUUGUGUGGCUGCAUCCAUAGGCAUACUCCUAUAUGAUAAAUAAUCAUACAACUACUCGAAUAAUUUAGGUUCAUGCGGAGGACAAUUACCACUCGGGGUGUUACCAGAGGCAGUGUCUUUGGAGGAGUACAGAAGCCUCGUUUCAACAUGCUUGGAGCUCUCAGCGUCAUGCGUCUACCAAUACUGCUCUCUGCCACGUACUUUUUUUCAGAAAUAAUUUAGAUUUAGAUUUUCUGUCAAACUUUUGUCAAUUAGCGGGAACAUGAACAAGAUGAGACCAUUCACAAUUAUUUCGAAAAAAAAAUCAGACCUGUGCAAUGAGUCGGUGCUGUACGCGACACUGAAUUUGUUUCACGAGAUAUCAAUACACGGUGCAGUCGAGCAUUUAGACGAGCCAACAAGGGUUCUUCUCAAUGGCAUUGAAGACGCGUUGCGACAGCGGAGUGUCCUACAGCAACGGGAGUAAAGCAACGACGCGAAGAAAUCUAAAGACACGAUCUACAUUGACAUUGGAGACGGCUCUAUUUCUUGUUAGCGGGAGAGGAUGGUUGGUCCCCGCAAGCGAUUGUAGAAGAUCCCGUGGUCCCCGCAAGCGACUACUGAAACUCCAAAAAAAUUUCAACUAAUCGAAUCAGCAACAACGCCUUCAGUUUAUAGAAGUACUCAGAAUUUGCAAGUUAGUACCGCCCACGUGCCACCGGCGAAGUCAAAAACAGAGAAUGAGAAAAGAAGAGAAUCUAGACAUGAUACAGUGUUCCUAUUUCCAU